CUAUCUCCCUCUUUCGCUCUAUGAGCUCCUCUCCCCUUCUUCUUCCAUAUUCCUCUUCCUGGAUCUAUCUUCGUUUCCCCCCUCGAAAAUAACCUUUGACAAGCUGCAUGUAGUUUAGUACGUCGAUCGUCGCCCUCUCGCCUCGGAAUUAUACUGUUUCUCGGAACGUUUUACAUUUGCUUCAUUUUCGCGAGUGAAAGUUUGCUUAUCUUCUUCUUCUUCCUGUUCUUCUUCUUCUUCUUUUAUCGCCUUUGUUUUUUCCUUUACUUUUCGCGCUUUUGUUCGAUCGAUCGAUCGAUCGAUCAUCAUCAUCAUUGUAUGAUUCACGAAUAAUAAAUUCAAACUUCCAUCGAACAAGAGACAACGAAAAACGAUAUGCUAUUUUGGAAUUAAACAAAAAUUGUACGUUCAUCGUUCGUCGGACGCCUGUCAGAGAUCAUGCGUUCGAACGAAGUCAAUUUAACAUCCUGGACGAAUGUUCUGACGUUGCAUCGAACUUCCUGUAAUGAGAGCCUUUACGACUGUGCCAUGAAAGAGUGCAUCGCCGCCGAAUCGAUCGAUUUAGAUCGAAUUUGUGCCGUUAUGGAAAACGCAAUAAUACCGAUGACGAACUUACUAUGCAGAUCAUGCAAUUACACCAAUUGUCAAGUGAACGUGUCAUUGAUUUUAAAUAAAUUGGAAACCAGCAUCGAGGGUAUCUUUUUAUCGAGGAUAACGAACUUCGAUGGCUGUGUUUCGAAUAGCAUCAAACCUGAGAUCCUGGACUGCUCCGAUCAAAGAAAUAUUGUCGAUAAUGACGAUAUAGAAUUGUAUUGUUCGCGAAAAUCAACAGUGGCCAUUCGUCGAACUGAUUGGAGAUUCCUUUUUGUCUCUGUUAUCAUAGUAAUAGCUGGUGGCUUAGGAAAUACUUUGGUUUGUUUAGCCGUUGUACUGGACAAAAGGCUUCACAAUUUAACCAACUAUUUUCUAUUAUCUCUCGCAAUUGCCGAUCUUCUCGUCAGUCUUUUCGUAAUGCCAAUGGGUGCUAUUCCUGGAUUUUUAGGACAGAUUUUAGGUUAUUGGCCGCUCGGCAUCGUCUGGUGUAACAUUUACGUGACCUGCGACGUUCUCGCAUGUUCUGCGAGCAUUAUGCACAUGUGUUUCAUUUCCGUGGGCAGAUAUGUAGGCAUUCGCAACCCAUUAAGAACGCGAAGGACCUAUACGAAACGUCUCGUUGUCCUUAAAAUAACAACCGUAUGGUUACUAGCUAUGCUGAUGUCCAGUUUUAUCACCGUAUUAGGCUUGAUCGAUCCGAAAAACAUAAUGCCGGAAACAACGACUUGUGCCAUUAAUAACAGAAUUUUUUUCAUCUUCGGAUCCUUAAUUGCAUUUUAUAUACCGACAAUCGUUAUGGUACUGUCUUACGUAUUGACUGUACAAUUACUUCGAAAGAGGGCGCGAUUUAUCGCGGAAACUUCAAAUGACGAUCUAUCGCUUGGGAAAUUAAUUGGAAAAUUUGUUUCAACGAAAACUUCCUCGACCGAACGCGAAAAUACAAGAUCUCUUAAAUUGUUAAGUGGAAAAACAAAUGGAAAGAUUCUAGCUGCAAAUGCGAUAGCUUCCAAACAGAAAGCCAGUAAAGUUCUUGGAUUGGUAUUCUUUACAUUUUUAAUUUGCUGGGCACCAUUCUUUGCAUUAAACAUUAUAUUUGCCAUUUGUCCAAAUUGUUUUGUGCCGCGGCACAUAACAGACACGUUUUUAUGGUUGGGUUAUGCAUCUUCCACUAUAAAUCCUAUCAUUUACACGAUUUUCAACAAAACUUUUCGAGCUACGUUCGUACGUUUAUUAAAAUGCAAAUGGUUCAGAUAGUAAUUCUCAAUGAACUCUAGUAUUAUGUAUUUUAUUUUUUCUUACAUCAGCUUUUUGCUUUCCACUUAUAAUUUUUAUGUUCUAUACGAUAUAAACCAAAAGCACGUAUUAAAAUACUAAAAGACAAUGAAUUAUUAUAAGGUACGAGUUUAUUACGAUAAAAAGAAAAAAAUAAAAGAAAUAGACAAUAGUAAAAAAAAAGAUCUUUAAAAUUACAUUUAGUAAGCCUUAAAAUGGAUAGCAGAUUAAAUAUCAAUGAAAAAAAUGUAUUUGCAAUUUAUUUAUUUUUUGAGAGGCUAAGGGUGUCGUUUCUUUGUUUAAUAAUUUGCUCUAAUUUGCUCAAAAAUCAAAACAGCGUGUCAAAGUAAAAGUUACAUUGAUUACAAGUAGCAUAAUGUGUGCAUUAUAUCUGUGGUGCAUUUUCUAUCAUAUAUCCUAAGUGUCAUGUACUUGAACUAUUGAUCUUUUCCUAACAUAGUGAUAUUUAAAUAUUACACGUGAAGGAAGAUUUAAUAUUCUCAACUAAAAUACUCGUUAAAUAUUUAACAAAUAUGUUCGUGCGCAAAUAGUUAAUUAUGCA